UAAUUAAGGAGAGAAAAUAAUUCCUGCAGAGGGAAAAUGAAGGAUUCCUUGGACUUAAGGCUGGUCAGUUAAUGGGAAUUAGGAAUUAUGCAGUGGAUCUAAUAAUUUGCCUGCCACCGAAAACCUUCAGUGAAGGAGUGAAUCUUCCUUGCCCCAUCGAGAGUUGCUUCUCAGGUGGAAGAAGGGUGUGUCCCCAAGUUUUUACCUGGGAGCAAUGAUGAUCUUGUCAAGCAUUUCAGUGAGACCAGCCCAAGUUUUUAGGGUGGGGAUCCAGACUGGUUAUACGUACCUGCAGUCCUUCUCCCAGAGGAAGGCAGAAACACCUCAGAAACGCCUGCAUGUAAGAACAUCUACUGAGAAAUUAUUUUAAUCAGACACCAGCUGAGUGGGAGAAAGAAAAAGAACAGAGAACAAACAAAACUCCCUUGGUCUUGGAUGUAAGAGAAUCCAGCAGAGAUGGACUGGAGUUUCUUCAGAAUAGCUGCAGUGCUGUUCAUUUUUCUGGUGGUGAUAGAAGUUAACAGUGAAUUCCGGGUCCAGGUAAGAGAUUAUAACACUAAAAAUGGCACCAUCAAGUGGCAUUCAAUCCGAAGGCAGAAACGUGAAUGGAUCAAGUUUGCGGCAGCCUGUCGUGAAGGUGAAGACAACUCAAAGAGAAACCCAAUUGCCAAAAUUCACUCAGAUUGUGCUGCAAACCAGCAAGUUACCUACCGCAUCUCUGGAGUAGGAAUUGAUCAACCACCAUAUGGAAUCUUUGUCAUUAAUCAAAAAACUGGUGAAAUUAAUAUAACAUCCAUAGUUGAUCGAGAGGUCACUCCUUUCUUCAUUAUCUACUGCCGAGCUCUGAACUCAAUGGGUCAAGAUUUAGAGAGGCCUCUAGAGCUCAGAGUCAGGGUUUUGGAUAUAAAUGACAACCCUCCAGUAUUUUCAAUGUCUACAUUUGUAGGACAAAUAGAAGAAAAUUCUAAUGCAAAUACGCUGGUGAUGAUACUCAAUGCUACUGAUGCAGAUGAACCGAACAAUUUGAACUCAAAAAUAGCCUUCAAGAUUAUAAGACAAGAGCCCGCAGAUGCACCAAUGUUUAUUAUCAACAGAUAUACUGGAGAAAUUCGAACGAUGAAUAAUUUCCUAGACAGAGAGCAAUACGGCCAGUAUUCUCUUGCUGUGAGAGGCUCUGACCGAGAUGGUGGGGCAGAUGGCAUGUCAGCAGAAUGUGAGUGCAACAUUAAAAUCCUCGAUGUCAAUGACAACAUCCCUUACAUGGAACCGUCUCUUAGUUCCAUAAUAAUUGAAGAAAAUACUCUAUAUACAGAUUUGAUGCAGAUUAGAGUAAUUGAUUUGGAUGAAGAGUUCUCAGCUAACUGGAUGGCAGUAAUUUUCUUUAUCUCUGGAAAUGAAGGAAAUUGGUUUGACAUAGAAAUGAAUGAAAGAACAAAUGUGGGAAUUUUAAAGGUUGUUAAGCCCUUAGAUUAUGAAGCUGUGAAUAAUCUGCAACUCAGUAUUGGCGUCAGAAAUAAAGCUGAAUUUCAUCAUUCAAUUAUGUCUCAAUAUAAACUGACAGCAGCUGCAAUUUCUGUGGAAGUGAAAAAUCAACGUGAAGGCCCAGUGUUUCGUCCAGGUUCAAAGACAUACGUAGUAACUGGUAAUAUGGGAGCAAACUCUAAAGUGGGAGAUUUUAUAGCUACUGACCAGGACACAGGUAGAGAUUCAACAACUGCUAGAUAUGUAAUGGGAAAUAAUCCAGCUGACCUGCUAGCCGUUGACUCAAGAACAGGCAUAAUCACUUUGAAAAAUAAAGUUACCAAGGAACAAUAUAAUAUGCUUGGGGGAAAAUACCAAGGAACAGUUCUCUCUAUAGAUGAUGAUCUUCAAAGAACUUGCACUGGUACAAUAAAUAUUGACAUGCAAGAUUUUGAUUUCAAUGGCGGUGAUACUACUACAAAUACAGGUGGUACUACAAAUGACAAUACAAAUACGAACACUGGAAGUACCAAUAAUAGCAGAGGAGAUACUUCCACUCAGCAAGGAACCAGCGCAGAUGAGGGAAACCACGUUGGCGAUCAACAUCUCUCAGACAAUGUACAUUUUGGUCCUGCUGGCAUUGGACUACUCAUCAUGGGAUUCUUGGUCUUAGGAUUGGUCCCAUUUUUGAUGAUCUGUUGUGAUUGUGACGGUGCUGCUGCUCGUAGUGUUGGCGGCUUUGAACCUGUUCCCGAAUGUUCAGAUGGAGCAAUGCAUGUAUGGUCAGAAGAAGGACCACAGCUCGAUCCUACAAACACUGUCUGUGUACCACCAAUAUCUGGUGCUACAAAUCUGAUUGAAUUCGUUGACAACACAGGAGUUUAUACAAAUGAGUAUGAUGGCAGAAAAAUGCAUGAUAUGGGAGGAGGAGAGAGAGUUGAACUAAGAGAGGAAGUUAACAUGUCAGGAAUGCCUGAGACAUGCCAAGAAUACCCUGGAACAUUAAGAAGGAAUUCUAUGAGAGAAUGUAGAGAAGGAGGUCUGAAUAUGAAUUUCAUGGAAAGCUACUUCUGUCAGAAAGCAUAUGCUUAUGCAGAUGAAGAUGAAGGACGCCCAUCCAAUGACUGUUUGCUCAUAUAUGACAUCGAAGGUGUAGGUUCCCCUGCUGGUUCUGUGGGUUGUUGUAGCUUCAUUGGAGAAGACCUGGAUGACAGCUUCUUGGAUACGCUGGGGCCUAAAUUUAAGAAGUUGGCAGACAUCAGCCUGGGAAAAGAAAUUGAAUCAUAUCCAGACCCUGAUCCUUCUUGGCCACCCCAAAACACUGAACCAGUUUGCCCCCCUCAGGAAACAGAGCCCAUUGUUAGUGGACACCCACCCAUCUCCCCACAUUUCGGCGCUACCACAGUAAUUUCUGAGAGCACCUAUCCCUCGGGACCUGGUGUACAGCAUCCUAAGCCUAUUCCCGAUCCUCUGGGCUAUGGUAAUGUCACUGUGACCGAGUCUUACACCACCUCUGACACUCUGAAGCCCUCUGUGCACAUUCACGAUAACCGACAAGCAUCAAACGUGGUGGUGACAGAGAGAGUGGUCGGCCCGAUCUCUGGCGUUGAUUUGCAUGGAAUGUUAGAGAUGCCUGACCUGCGAGAUGGGUCAAAUGUUAUAGUGACAGAAAGGGUAAUAGCACCAAGUUCUAGUUUACCCACCUCUCUGACUCUCCAUCAUCCUAGAGAGUCUUCAAAUGUGGUAGUGACAGAAAGAGUAAUCCAACCAACUUCUGGCAUGAUAGGUAGUCUGAGUAUGCACCCUGAGUUAGCCAAUGCCCACAAUGUGAUUGUCACAGAGAGGGUUGUUUCUGGCACUGGUGUAACUGGAAUCAGUGGCACCAGUGGAAUAAGCGGUGGCAUAGGCAGCAGUGGCCUGGUUGGCACCAGCAUGGGUUCUGGGGGUGGGGCCCUGAGUGGAGCUGGCAUAAGUGGUAGUGGCAUGGGCCUGAGCAGCUUGGGAGGGACAGCCACCAUUGGCCACAUGAGGAGCUCCUCUGACCAUCACUUUAACCAAACCAUUGGGUCUGCCUCCCCUAGCACAGCUCGAAGUCGAAUCACAAAAUACAGUACUGUGCAAUAUAGCAAGUAGUCAGGAUCCCAGCUCACUUUUUCAUAGUCAUUGUGAUUCAGAUCCAAUUCCUACCACCCAAAAACUAGCAGUGUGAUUUAUGACGCACCACUUGGUGCCCAGAUCAUUGAGAACCAAGGUGAGAAACCACAAUGAGAAAAAUAAAUGGAAACAUUGCUACUAGGGAGAGCUCUCCUUAGCGUUCAUGAAUUUUUUGUUAUAUUAGGACUAAGGAACUAAAACUUGAGGCAGAGUCUUCUUUGGACCUGUGUGGCCUGUAGCGUAUCUCCAGCCUGUAACUAGCCUUAUGACAUCAAUUGGCAUAAUUCUCCUUGCUCUGUUUUGCUUUGCCACGUAGCUUGGGCAAAAUUCAAAACGAACUAAACAUGCAAUAUGUGUUCAUGUCUGUGAGAAAAUCUAAAAUGUGUGCCAGACACCCUGUCAGUUUCACAGAUAACAUAAAUAAAAAUUCAACCACAGAUUAAUACAAGGGUUAACCGAUUUUUAUUUAAGAUUGACAACAUAGUCAAGUCCACAAGCCAUCAAGCACUCCUACCUUAAUUACUGCACCAGAUAAAAUAAAUUUUAAAUUAGGAAGUAUUUCCUAGGAGGAAAAUUCCAUUAGAGAGUGACAAUGAGGUUUGUGCAGGGUAAACUAACAAUGCCUGACUCUGAAUCUUAAUUUGGGGCCUCAGUUAAAUCUCCUGUGGAGUCAAGGACUCUUCCGAUUCUAGUUUGUGUUUAGUGAUAGAUGUAAUCUUGGUGAACAUUGCUUACUGGUGAAGUUGAAUAUCAUACUCAGCUUUCCUUUUACCACUGUGGUUUUGACAUAAGAAAGCAAAACUUUAAGUUAACUUUUCCAAUUGAAGCAAAUGAGGCCCUACAUAGUUGACAUCACUAGUGGUAAAUGACCUUACAAGUAAGCAGAUGGGAACUGAAUUGUGUUUUCAGGUUUUGUUUUUAGUAUGUGGUAUUCAUUCUUAUCCAGCUCUUUAUUGCAUAGCUCCAAUGUUAAAAUGAUUUACAUAGGCUGAGCUGUGGACAAAACUGAAGAAGAAAAGAAGCUCGCAAUAUGCUUAAGCUUUGGGGAAUUUUUUUUUAAGGGGAUCUAAAAAAAUGUUUUUAAAACAUGUAAAAUGUUUAAUGGGGAAAGUUAGAAAAGAAUUCUUUUGUAAAGUAAUACCAUGCUAAUUAUUGGCUUUUAGUAUGUAAAGCAGUGGUUGCUUUAGCAAACCUCUGCUACCAUUUUGCGGGGGUCAACCAGGAGCCUUUAACAGAGUUGACAAUAUUGUGUUGACCAGAAUGAAAUGUAGAUAACCUAUUCCACUAGUUUAUCUCACCCUCUAAUUUUUCUCACUGGCAUAAAUUUUAAAUUCCUGAUUUGAUUUGUCAAUAAGAUCUUGGCUUACAUAUGCUCUGAUUUAUAGAUAGCGUUCAAAUUAUAUAGUAUAACAUAUUUUUCUAGCCCUAUUGAUGAAAUACCAUGUCUGUAUGUUUGCUGUAUAGUGUUAUCUGAUUAAAAAUCUCUAAAAAGAAUCAAAGCAUUCUAAGAAAAAGGUAAAUUUACUAUUGCAUGGUAGAGAAAAUUUUUCUUUCUUAAAUACAAUGUUACUAUAAGCUCACUAAACUGAAACUCUAUAUGACAGAAUAAAAUUAGAAAAAAAAUUUUGCCCUGGAGUUGUGAAUUAUAUACAACUUUUCAAGAAUUUAUCCCAAUUACUCAAAUUUCCCAGGAAAUUACAAGGCCUAAGAAUAGUUAUUUGACUUACUACUCUGGUUUAAAGGGGACAGGAGUGAAUUAUUUAACAUAGAGCUAUUUUGCUCUGAAUAAUAGCAGAUAAAGCUAAUAUUUUAAAAGCUACAGUAUACAUCUUCUUUUAACUCUGUAGAAUAUGUAAAAUUUUGAUAGUCUGUAGUAUGCCAAAAUGCAGAGAUAUAAAUAAAGUCAUUCAAAGGGAGUCUUUUCUUUUUCCACCACUUAGUGGGCUACAUUAAGGAUGGGUAAUCUUUCCAGAAAUAAAGUCAAAAGAUAUUUAUUAAAAUAUACUUGAGUAUGCCUGGGUCCAGUUGUAAAGAAUAGAAAAAAUUAUUAAUGAAUUAAUUAAGUAAUUUAUUAAAGGGAAUGAUAUCUGACCACAGGAAACUUGCUUGUUGUUUUGAUAUGAAAUAGCCUCACCACAGGCUGUUUCUUAAAACACCUGAUAGCUUCCAGAGAUAUUUUUUAGGUUGCCUUGCAAACAACAAAAUAACUGUCUUUAAUAACUAUUGCUGUUAAGAUGUGCAGGUAGUUAAGAUUCCCCCAAUUUAGUUACAUUUGAACUCCUAAACACUGUUAAACAAUGAGAAAAACAAGAAAAAAAAAUGGCAGUGUUAGUCAUCUAUCUUUCUAGGAAGAUACUUUCUAACCAAAUUUUUCUUCCAGAAUUGCACAUUGAUGGGAAAACAAGAAAAAUGGAAGUAUUAGGCAUCUAUCUUUCUGGGAAGAUACUUUCCAACCAUUUUUUUCUUCCAGGAUUGCACAUUGAUGUUUUGUUUAGUCCUAAAUUUGAAAAUUACCUUUUUAAGCCAUCAGCCAUUUUAGUAGUCAUUUAAAGGCAUGUCAUUUUUCAACGAACAAGCUUUGGGCAGAACUUCAUUCUUCUUUUUAGAUGUUUACUCUAGAUCAUAUACAUCAUGUCAUAGACCAAGAAGAGAUAUGCAAAUCAUUUUAUAAGUGAUUGCUAUAGUUAGGAUUCAAGCUGAGUUUCAGACCAACUUGCUCUUAACAAAAGGAAGAAGAAAGAGAUAGUAAUUUAAUGCUAUGUAUGUAUGGUUUGAAAACAAAUCAUAAGGUUUAUAAAAUAUCUAUCUGACUUUCUAAAGGAGUAGUCUUUAGGGGCAAAAAUUAGUGCAUUAUAAAUACUUUACCAUUUAAUAUCAACCAAAAUACCAUCUCAAGCUAAUUUGGACACUGAAUUCCAGAUAUACCUGCUACGUAUUAUUUACUUCUAAGUGUGUUGCCUGAUGUAAUUGUAUUUGCACUGAAAAAUUAAAAGAAAACAUAUAUUAUGAGUUAUUUAUAUAUCUUCAUCUAGACAUCUGUUCUAUAUUUGUGUAUAAAGUUUUUAGCAUCAUAAUUUUUAUUCAAGAAAAUGUUCUGACAAAAUUUUAAUUAUAUGUCCUCGAAUUUUACAUUUUUACUCUAGUAAAUAGAUGCUUUUAGUUAUCUGUGCAAUUUAUUUCUGAAUUCAUACCAAUACUUGAUUGUCAUGGUACAAAAUAUAUGACACCCUUUGACUUUUGCUGGAGUUUAAAGGUGUAAUAAUCUUUAGCAUAAAUGCUCAUGACUGUUUUGGAAAGACAUUUAAAACCCAAAACAAACUUUUAAAAGUAUUUGCCACAUUUUCUCAUGCCUGUUUCAUAAAUUCCAACUUUUUUGAUGAUUUUUAGCAUUUUUAAGAUCCAUUUCACAUUGCACUAGAACACUGCAGUCCACAGUAGACUGCAACUCUCCAUGAAAUCAAAUCUGUCUUCCACUUCCAGAUUAUUACACUAAGUUAGGACAAAACUUGAACAGAUCAACCUAUUAUCGAUCCAUCAGAUAAUUUUAAAACAAUGUAUAAUCUUGUUUAAUUGUCUACAUUCUCUCCCCAAUUUAGCUGUAUUUCACUUACUAAACACUUGAUCAUCAAACUGAACCUAGUCUAACUUAUUUUUCUUUUGCUGUCUAUUUUACAAGCUUUUAAAAUAUUUAUCUCUGGUGGUGUUUGAAACAAGGUACUCUUCUUCGAGCUUCAAUAUAAAAGUUUUUGGAUCA